AGAUCAGACGUACCCCUGCAUCGAAAAGUCCAGACAUACAGCGCCUGGCUGGCGCUCGCACGCUCUCCGCAGGCGCGCUUCCGCACACCUUCCACAUCCUGCUCCUGGCAGAGCAAGACGGACUGGCUGGACCCACCGACCCAGGGAUUUCCAGUGACAUUUGUAAAUGACGCGGCUCAGUUCCAGGCUGCCAGCGGCCGCGGCCGGGCCAAGGGUGCCGCCGAGCAGUCUGCAGCACAGGCUCACCGGGAAGAUCACCAUGUCCCAAUUGCUUCUCGCUGUCCUCACUCUCUCGGGAUUAUUGCCUACCGCCGAGGUGCUGAUUGUGGGAGCUGACCAAGAUCAGCAGUCGUGCGAUCCUGGUGAAUUUCUCUGCCAUGACCACGUGACUUGUGUCUCUCAGAGCUGGCUGUGCGAUGGGGACCCUGACUGCCCUGACGAGUCCGAUGAGUCUUUAGCCACCUGUCCCAAGGAGGUGGAGAUCAAGUGCCCCUUGAAUCACGUUGCUUGUCCUGGAGCUGGUGCGUGUGUCCAUUUGUCUCAGCUGUGCAAUGGGAUGGUUGACUGCCCGAAUGGCUCUGACGAAGGAGUGCAUUGUCAGGAACUGCUACCAAAUUGUCAGCAACUGAAUUGCCAGUUUAAAUGUGCAGUGAUCAGAAAUAUUACAAAAUGUUACUGUGAGGAUGGAUUUGAAAUAACAGAAGACGGGAGAAGCUGUAAAGAUCACGAUGAAUGUAGCAUUUAUGGUAUUUGCAGCCAGACCUGUGUGAAUACAUAUGGAUCCUAUGCUUGUAGUUGUGUGGAAGGCUAUCUAAUGCAGUCAGACAACAGAACUUGCAAGGUGAAACAUGAACCUACAGAUAGUCCACCAAUGCUACUCAUUGCAAGUCCUGAGACAAUUGAGGUCUUCCACAUCAACGGGAGUAAGAUGACAACUCUAAGCUCAGCCGACAGAAAUGAAAUUCAUACUAUAGAUUUUAUUUAUAAUGAAGACAGGAUUUGCUGGAUUGAAUCAAGGGAGUCUUCCAAUCAACUCAAAUGUGGCCAGAUGACAAAAUCAGGAAGAUUAACAGAUGAAAGAAUAAUUAACAUUCUUCAAUCCUUCCAUAAUGUGGAACAAAUGGCAAUUGACUGGCUUACCAGAAAUUUCUACUUCGUGGACCACAUCAGUGACCGAAUCUUUGUGUGCAAUCAUAAUGGCUCCGUGUGUGUCACCCUGAUUGAACUGGAGCUUCACAAUCCUAAAGCCAUAGCAGCAGAUCCUAUCGCAGGAAAACUUUUCUUUACUGACUCUGGGGAUGUUCCUAAAGUAGAGAGAUGUGACCUGGACGGGAUGAACAGAACAAGAAUAGUUUAUUCAAAGGCAGAGCAGCCAGCUGCCCUGGCACUGGACCUCGUCAACAGAUUGGUUUAUUGGGUCGAUCUCUACUUGGACUAUGUGGGAGUAGUAGACUACCAAGGAAAAAACAGGCAUACUCUUGUACAAGGUAGACAGGUUAAGCAUCUGUAUGGCAUAACUGUAUUUGAAGAUUAUUUAUAUGCAACCAGUUUCGAUGACUUCAACAUCAUACGAAUAAACAGAUUCAAUGGCACUGAUAUUCAUUCAGUAAUUAAAAUGGAAAGUGCUCGAGGAAUCCGAACCUAUCACAAAAGAACUCAGCCAACAGUCAGAAGCCACGCCUGUGAACUGGAUGCAUAUGGACUGCCAGGGGGCUGUUCACACAUCUGUCUGUUCAGCAGCAGUUAUAAGUCACGUACCUGUCGCUGCAGGACUGGCUUCAACUUGGGGAGUGACGGCAAGUCAUGCAAAACUCUGUGUUACACAUCAGAUUUCCUGGCAGACGACAUCGUCUCUGACAUUACAAUUAAGCUACAAAGGCCAAAGAAUGAAUUGUUCCUGUUUUAUGGGAAAGGACGCCCAGGAAUUGUUAGAGGAAUGGACUUGAAUACCAAGAUAGCGGAUGAAUGCAUGAUCCCCAUAGAAAAUCUGGUGAACCCGCGUGCUUUGGACUUUCACGCAGAAGCUAAUUAUAUCUACUUUGCUGACACCACCAGUUUUCUAAUUGGCCGGCAGAAAAUAGAUGGGACUGAGCGAGAAACCAUCCUGAAAGAUGAUCUGGAUAAUGUAGAAGGCAUUGCAGUUGACUGGAUUGGAAAUAACCUUUACUGGACAAAUGAUGGUCAACGGAAAACCAUAAACGUGGCCAGGCUGGAAAAGGCUUCUCAGAGCCGCAAAACCCUGCUGGAAGGCGAAAUGUCCCAUCCUAGAGGAAUUGUGGUUGAUCCAGUCAAUGGUUGGAUGUAUUGGACAGACUGGGAGGAAGACAAAAUAGACGACAGCGUGGGAAGGAUUGAGAAGGCUUGGAUGGAUGGCUUCAAUCGGCAGAUUUUUGUGACUUCAAAGAUGCUGUGGCCAAAUGGCUUAUCGCUGGACUUUCACACCAGUACAUUAUAUUGGUGUGAUGCCUACUAUGAUCAUAUUGAAAAAGUAUUUUUGAAUGGAACUCACCGAAAGAUUGUUUACAGUGGGAAAGAGUUGAACCAUCCUUUUGGACUGUCACAUCACGGGAAUUAUGUGUUCUGGACAGAUUACAUGAAUGGUUCCAUUUUUCAACUAGAUUUGACGACCAGUGAGGUGACAUUGCUGAGACACGAAAGAGCACCCCUGUUUGGGCUUCAGAUUUAUGAUCCACGGAAACAACAAGGUGACAAUAUGUGCCGCAUUAACAAUGGGGGCUGUGGGACGCUCUGCCUGGCCAUCCCAGCAGGCCGCGUGUGCGCCUGUGCUGAUAAUCAGCUUUUGGAUGAAAAUGGUACAACCUGCACAUUUCAUCCUGAAGAAAUAGUGCUUCAUGUAUGUAAACCUGGAGAAUUUCGCUGCAAAAACAAACACUGUAUCCAAGCUCGGUGGAAAUGUGACGGAGACGAUGACUGCCUAGACGGAAGUGAUGAGGACUCUGUCACAUGCUUCAAUCAUAGCUGUCCUGACGAUCAGUUUAAAUGCCAGAAUAAUCGUUGUAUCCCCAAGAGAUGGCUUUGUGAUGGAGCAAAUGAUUGUGGGAGCAAUGAAGAUGAGUCCAACCAAACCUGCGCAGAAAUAAACAGCUCACAAGGCUUAGCAUACCUGGACAAAGUGACCAAUUCCUCUAAGCCCUUUCGAGAACAUGAAAUCUAA